AACUUAGAUAAACCCAGGUCCACUGUAGGAACGUAGGUUAGGCUACUUAACUAGCCAAGUAAACUUCCGUGUGGUGAUGUUUGUUUUCUAUAACUAACUCGAGGCGUUUUUAGUGAUUAAGGUUAAACUUUGCUGAUUUUGUCUCCCUUAUUUCUGAGCUUUGAUUUAUGAAGGUUGAGGUGUAAUAACUAAUUACAAAAAUGAUCAUUUCUGGAUUUACACAGAAAAAGAGUUUCAGCAACCAACAGGAUGAAAUGUACACCAACUUACCUGGCCAGCACAGCCAUUGUUUACACUGUCGCCAAGUUACCUGUACUCACUUUGUCGACAAUGUCACUGCUUGCGUGAUGGUGACAUGCGAAUCUUGUGGCUGGCGGUGUCAUGAUUGUAAGAAAACUGAGCACACCCUCACUUGCCCAGAGGAGAGGGUGUUCUGUGUGAACAAGGAGUAUGGAUGUCCCCAUAUGCUGAAAAGAUCCAAGAUGGCUUCCCACUUGCCUGUUUGUCCAGCUAGUGUUGUUUGUUGUGUUGAAGAGUGGAGCAGGUGGCCGAUGCAUGCUAAAGAAACUGGCCAGAGAAUGCCUUUACCAACCUCAAAGACAUAUCUAGAUUGUGGACAGCUUGAUGUAGGUCUUGCCAUGCGGGAUCAACGAAUGCUUAUUGACUCAUUGCGUGCUCCACAAAAACUUCGUCGAAUUCUUCGAAACCCACUCACUCAAAAGUACCCAGCGGCCCCUCUUAAUUAUCGCAGCUCUUCAUUUGAUUCUGAUAUGGCAGCUUCUGGCAACACUUCCCAGACACUUUCAGAUGACGACACUGAUGCACCAUGGGACUUAUCCAAGCCACAUCCUGGUCUUAGAGAAAGUAUACGAAAUCGCCUCUUCCUCGUGACUAAAGAAACAACAGAAAGUUUAGCCAGCGCUUUGGAAAUGACAUCUAAUGUUUUAGCAUCUUCUCAAAACAAGAAUCCUGUGAACGGUUGUGAUGGUUUAAAACAAGUCGAUGGUACACUUGACGAUGAAAAUGUAAAAGAAAGAUCCUCUUGUAGUCCUGUUCGCGAUGAUUUUUCAUCGGAUAUAAAAGAUUCCACCUUUAGUAGGAAUAGUGAAUCAGCUGAGAAAUCUGUACAACUAACAGCGGAUAGGUCAAACAGGGCAUCACAAUCUGCUGAACGUUCAGUGAGAAGUAGUGUAUCUUCAGAUCGUUGCAGCGACACGAGCUCGAGAUCCAAGUCCACGUGGCACGACAUAGGAGGCACUCAGUUGCACAAGCUGUUGGGGUAUCAACCAGAGGAGGGUCAGGAGAUCAGCUUGGCUAAGAUGCUGGGGGUCAACAUUGGGUUUGAGUGCAUCAAUAAGUAUGUGGCUAAACCUCCAAGCAUGUAUACUUUCAUCUGCUCGCAGAAUUUCAGACGCGACGAGUUCAAAUGGCAUUUUAAGAAUAUACACCAGGAAAUACACCAGGGAUUUUGUGGCUGGCUUGAACAAAGAUGUCCAUUGGCAUAUUUGGGAUGUACAUUUUCCUUUCAGAGAAUGGAGCCAUCUCAGCCUAACAGAAUGCUAUAUCAUUCUCCUUUACUGGAGAGUUACGGUCUCCGAAGCACAGUCCAGCCUUACAGAUCACCCAGUUCAUUUAACACAAGCAUAAUCCCUGCAUCAGAAAAUAUACAGCAGCCUUCAACUUUAGAAAACAUGCCAGAUUUUGAAAACAAAUCAGGUCAAAAAAAUUCUGUUGAGAACUGCCAGAAAGAGUAUAUGAACUGUGAAAUAGACACAGAUAACUCAAAGAACCCAAGCAUAAGUAGCCUGGCAGCUUUUGACAAAGAGUUUGAUAUAUUGACAGUUGGUAAAUUACAGCUAGAUCCCAAACCUUCCAAUGAGAUCAAACAAGCUGGCACAUCACACCCUCAUUCUUCUGAGUGCGACAUGUCCAGCAGCAAGAAGUACUGUAUGAGAGUCCAGCCCACCAUUUACACUGCUUAUAACUGGGACUCUAAAGUGCUGUUCCAGUAUGACAUUGAGGAGGAUUAUGACGAUGAUGGCUGUACGAGCCUCAGCAAUUUACCUUUUGAAGUUCUCCAACAGAUAGCCAGGCACUUGGACAGCUUCAGCUUGUGUAAUCUUGCUCUAACCUCUAGACUGCUGCGUGAAGUAUGUUGUAGUUUACUCAAUGAACAUGGCAUUGUAUUGCUGAACUGGCAAAAGCAUAAAGAAGAGAAUAGUGGUGUUACCAGUUGGAAAGUUGUUAAUAAGCGCUGGCUUUUCAGUACCAGCUUUGAACCAGUGGAGUCAUGGAAAUACACUGAGAAUCACCCCACCAUUGGCGACCACCUGAAAAUUUGUCCAUUCAACAAAGACAUUACCCGCCACACCCAGCCAUUCAAAGUGUUCCUUGAUUCUCCUGAUCGUACGUUUCAUAUAAGACCACAGUAGACUGCACUGCUCAUACAGUCAUAUUAACAGAGUGACUUAUGCCCAUAUCAAUCACACUUCUUAAUGUUAAAGAAUUUACUUUUAUGCUUAAUCUUAAUCCCUUUUCAUGUGAAGAACUUUGUAAACCCUAAAAUAUUUAUUUCAUGUCUAGAUUUUUUUUCUUUUAGCUGAUGAAACGUAUUUUAUAUUUAGAAAGAAAAAAAAAGAUCUAGAAUUUGUUUUUACAUCUUAACAUUGUAUGUAAAGAGCAUUUGUCAAAAGUAAAUUGUAACUGUUUUCAAUUAAAUGUACAGUUAGAUUAUUUAAAUCGACAAUAAAAUACGGCUUGCGCUUACUAGAAGACGAAUAAAGUGCAAUAUAACUUAUUUAUAUUUGUACUAUGUACUUAAAGAUGUUUGUCUUACAUUAUUGUUUAAUAGGUGAAAGCAAAUAAUCGAUGCUAUAUACAGCUUUAUGCAUCAGUUUUAUUUUAGGCUCAGUUUUACCGUCAUUUUUUUUCCUCAAUUUCUUUGCCGAUUUUGAGGCUCGAUUUUAUCAAUUUUUGGGCACUAUGUACAAGUUUUGGGCCUUAGAGUUUUAUUUUUUGGUUUAGUUAAGGGGCAGUAACACCCAGACUGAAGGGAGAGAAACAAAAAAAAAUCCGCAAAAAACCUAUCAGGCAUACAGCUGUCACACUUAUGCAGUGGUAAUUAUGAUUCUACAACUAUAAUGCAGCAUAUAAUUGUAGGCAUAUUUAUAAUGCAAAAUACUUUGACAAAAAUAAUAGCACAUAUUUUAUAAAUAUUUGUUACUCUUUUGUAAAAACUUAUUCACUAUUAGCCACUUUAGGAUAAUAACAUUCUAUGAUUAAUAAGGUACUUUCAAUAGGAGUUUAGGUCCAAC